AUGAGCACCAACCAUUUAGAUGGUUCAAUCCCUGCAAGUAUAGGAAAUUUAACCAACCUUACUGCUUUGACGUUGGACAAUAAUCGACUGUCUGGUUCUUUGCCUAAGGAAUUUAAUACUAUUACAAAUUUGAAACUUCUUGCAUUGACGAACAAUAGUUUUUCAGGCCAUUUACCCCAUGACAUAUGCAAAGGAGGAGUUCUAGUGUAUCUCCUUUUGAACAACAACCAUUUUGAAGGUCCGAUUCCCAAAAGCUUGAAAAACUGUGCAAGCCUAAUUAGAGUCCGACUUGAGCAGAACCAACUAUCCGGGAAUAUAUCUGAAAGUCUUGGAUUGUAUCCACGUUUGGGAUAUAUUGAUUUAAGCUUCAACAGACUGUUUGGUAAGCUCUCACCAAAUUGGGGAGGAUGUCAUAAUUUGUCACUCUUAAGAAUCUCCAGCAACAAGGUUACAGGAAUCAUACCACCAGAACUCGGAAAGUUAACUCGGCUACGAGAACUCGACCUAUCCUCAAACCAUCUAUCAGGAGAGAUUCCAAAGGAUUUGAGCAAGCUAACUAAUCUUUAUAAGUUGAAUUUGAGCAACAACCAACUUGUUGGAGAGGUAGAUCUAGAAUUUGGAGAACUAUCUAAUUUGGACACUCUUGAUCUGUCAGCAAAUCGACUAAGAGGAAGGAUACCAGAACAAUUGGGUAACUGCAUUAAACUUCACUUGCUGAAACUUGAAAACAAUCAUUUAAAUGGAAGCAUUCCUUUUCAAAUUGGAAAUCUCGUAUACCUGGAUGACUUCCUAGAUCUAAGCCACAACUCAUUAACUGGAGAAAUACCAUCACAAUUUCGCAAACUGGAUAAGCUGCAAUAUCUGAAUCUAUCACACAAUGAGUUGACUGGUCAAAUUCCACCUUCUUUAAGUGAUAUGAUAAGCUUGUCAUUUGUAGACUUAUCAUACAAUGAAUUAGAAGGCCCACUUCCCAACAACAGAAUUUUCCAAAUGGCUCCAGUAGAGUGGUUUAUCCAUAAUAAGGGCUUGUGUGGUGUAGUGAAGGGUUUGCCUUCAUGUGGCUCAUUUACAACAAGCAAAGAUGAUUCAAAUAAGCACCACAAACUUCUCUUGUUGAUCAUUGUUUCUAGUCUGGGAAGCUUAUUUCUCUUAUUUCUAUUUGUCAUAUGUGCUUGGCUAAUUCUGAUAAGGAAGGAACAUACAAGACAUGCUGCAAGUAUUGAAGGUGGUGAAUACUCUAUUUGGAACUUCAGUGGAGUCGACGCAUACAAAAGCAUCAUCGAAGCAACUGAGGAUUUUGAUGACAAAUACUGCAUUGGCACUGGAGCAUAUUCGAGUGUUUACAAAGCACUGCUGCCAAGCGGUGAGUUUGUAGCUGUGAAAAAAUUUCAUCCAGCAGGAAUUGAAAACUCACCAAGCAUGCAAACUUUUUGGAUUGAAAUACAAGCACUAACCCAGAUCCGACAUCGGAAUAUUGUGAAGCUUUAUGGUUUUUGCUCCAAU